AUGUCCUCCUGGGACCAAACCACGUUUUCAUUAGCACCAAGAAACAAAGGUUGCUAUUUAGUAACCGAUGAGGUUUACCAAAAGGUGCCUCAAAUUAGAGACUACGAGGUUGGAAUUUUAAAUUUAUUCCUUCAACAUACCUCCGCUGGAUUGACAUUGAAUGAAAAUUGCGAUCCGGAUGUUAGAGCUGAUAUGAAUACAGCUCUUGAUAGAAUAGCCCCAGAAGGGGAUCAUUACAUUCAUGCCGACGAAGGCCCCGAUGAUAUGCCUGGUCAUAUUAAAAGUUCUACUAUUGGUGUUAGUUUGAGUAUUCCUGUUACGAACGGUAAAUUAAAUACUGGUACUUGGCAAGGUAUCUGGUUAUGCGAAUUCAGAACCUACAAGCAUUCAAGAAGAAUCGUUGCCACUAUUAAUGGAAAGAAGAAAUAA